CUUUCGUUGGAUCAACUCAAAAAAGCGGUCCGUGGGUUCGUUGUGAUGUCAGAGGAGCUGGAGCGCAUCCACUCUGCCUUUCUUAUCAAUGCUGUGCCCGAGCACUGGUCUGGUGCAGCCUAUCCAAGCCUGAAGCCACUCGGUUCCUGGGUAAAGGAUCUGGUACUCCGGUGUGAUUUCGUUCGCCACUGGAUGGUGAAAGGCCAGCCAAGAUCGUUCUGGCUUUCUGGAUUCUUCUUCCCACAGGGUUAG